ACAUGAUGCCCUCUCAUCUCCAAUGAGAGGUUAGGCAUAGCCCCGAGUUCGAUUCUCGGUUUCGGAAUAUUUUACCUCCGGGACAGCCAUUUUUUAAUGCCUGCAAUCAUUGUGUUUGCAAAUCCUUUUCGUUUCACUCCGAAAAAAAUGGCCAUAACCUUUUGGCGUGCAUCUGUCGCUCUGGCUACUUGCUUUUUUUUUCUUUUUCAAAGGACAAACUCGUGCCUCAGGUAUGUCUUGAUACGCCUACGAAUAGACAACCAACCACUGAAUGUCACUGAGGAUUUGGGGUGGGGGUCUUUCUCUACCAAUAUUCUUAGAACCUUUUGGGAGUCGGACUGGGCAGGUGCUCACUAAUAAUUCAACUGUACAAUGACUGGUAUCCUGUGAUAUCAUGGCAUCCUAUUCUCGUCCAAGGCAUCUUUGAUCUCUAUUGUUCCCUCCAACUGAUUGGCUCCUUCCAUUGUUCUCGGUCUGCUUAACGGACUGUACAGCAUCCAAAGGCCCUAGUUAAUAACUGAACAGCGGCUGCCCGUGCUCCGUGUUGACGAGGAAGUGGGUUGCUCAGCCACGACGCUAGACCUAAUACAUGCAUUGAACGCCAAGCCACAAUUACGCUGACUUCCGAC